GCGAUUGCGGUGCGCACUUUAAAAUAUAGGCUUAACACCCUCUCCGAUCAGACGAGGAAAUUUUUCAAGUAGGUCAGUAUAUUACUGUAACCUGCAUAGCGCCUACGCUUUUAAGGUUUACGUGUGUACCUUGUUGUUGUAUUGGGUAUUGACAGUAUUCCGUCUGGAGAUGAGUCGGCCGUUGUGGAAGGUGCACUUUGCAGACUCCCACGGCACCCACGGCGCUGAUGACUUAACGAUGGUUGCAGGGACAUUGGCUUGAGCCCCAUGGCCGAGCUGAUCACAAUCUGAUAACGCCACAAAUCGGGACAGUAUUUUAAUUCAUGUAUCAUUGCUAACAUAUUCACUGUGAAUUACCGUUAAAUUAGCGGUGGAUUAAAGGCGCAAGCCUGCGGCUCGCUGGGACUCUCUCUGGCUGUCCAUCAGGCGGCUGCAAGGCGAGGGCGGGACUGCUGAUCACUCGCUGGUUUCAUCAGGCGCACUGCUUGGGUGGUGCGAGAGCUGAACGCUGGGUUGGCUGAGGACAGAGGGAGCGGUCAGAGACACGGCCGCGGAGAAUCAGGUUAGCAUAGCGUCAGUCUGAAGCACCGCGUGGAGUUCGGACGGGAAAACAGAGGACGGCAGGCGGCCCGCGAAAGGUGUUCUGGAUUUUGUUUUUUACUGGAGAUUUUGUCCUACGAAAAGAUUCUUGUGGUUGAUUCUGUGGCAGAAUGGGGAGGGGAUAUUUACGGUGGCUGGUGCUGACAUGGUGCUGGGUGGCAGUCUUCACCCAGGAGGAAGAAGAGGAAAAGACUGAGGACUUGGCAGAAUACACGUUGAUAUUCAAGACGGCUAAUAAGAAAGGAGCAGGGACGGACGGCGACGUGAUGAUGAAGCUAACGGGGGAUCACAUCAGCAUGAGUUAUCCAAUCCGGUACCGAGGCACAGGGCCAAAGUUCGGGAGGGGUAGAGAGGACCGCUUUAAUUUGACUGACAUGACUUACAUUGGGCCAAUAUGUUCAGUACAGCUGUGGACGAAAUCAACGGAUUCCUGGAUCCUCGAUACACUGACAAUUGUAGACUGGAAGACGGAUGACAAGGCCGUAUUCAAUGUAUCCAAACGGAUUGACGCACGUGAGCAGAAAUACAACAGAACUGAGAAAGCGGACGGAAAGUGGAGUCUUUGGUCUGAUUGGUCUGUGUGUUCGGGUACAUGCCCGACCGGAAGUCAGAGCCGCACUCGGGAUUGCAGUCGGCCACCUCCGGCUUGUGGAGGCGGGGCCUGUCAGGGAGUGACCAAUGAAACACAGCAGUGCCCACUUCCGGAAUGUAAAAAAGAUAAAGAGACAACCACACCGGCAGAAACCAGCAAAGUGUCCAUCAUCCUUCCAAUAGUCAUCGCCGUCUGUGUCAUCCUCGUCAUCAUUGCUGUUCUUGUCUUCAGAAGGAAAAAGAAGAAGAGGGAAAGUGAGAAGUCUAAAGAGAAAAGCGAACAGGUUGUGACGUAUGAUAAAAUGCACCAACAGCCCGAUGGUACGUACACGAAAAACAACUAUGCGGCUUGAUAUGGCCACACAAACUUGAGAAGAUCCGCAUUGCCCAUCGAUGUCGAGGACAGAAUAAAGACGAAGGCAAGUU